UUUGGUGUUUACCUAAGUUCGUUUCUAGUCUAGCGCUUCUUCAACCAUUAAGAACAGUGUAAACGUUAGUCAGAACACGUUUAUUUCUAAAGAUUGACAGUACACAGUUUAGCAAGAAUUAAGUUACAACUACUAAUACACGAACGUGAUGUGGUGGUACUUCUACGCGCAUAGUAUGUUCCACCUUACAAAAUGGUUCCCAAAAGACAAUCGUAUAAAAUUUCGUAUUCUACUGCUUCUCAUUUCUAUUGUACUGUUGGUCCCGGAAUUCAUUGUAUUGUACCUACCUAAAACAUCACGAGCAUGCAACUUACCCUUGCUGAAUUUGCUUGUGGCAAGCACGGUUUUCCUUUUCUUUGCAAUAGGCUUUGCUCUGCUGUUCAGCGUGAUGGAACCAAUUCCUAGAUUAAUCAAAAUUGCUUUUCAUGCAUUUGGGGUUGGUUCGUUAAUUUUAGGUGUUUUAACUGCUGUUUACACUUUCCAAGCAUCAUCAUGCGAAUAUUCUACACCAGAGCUUUAUUAUUGGUGCUACACUAGUGCUGUUAUUUCUCUCAUCACCUGUGGUUACUUUGCUUUGGUUUUACCAUUUUGGAUACUUAAUGAAGCAAAGCCGUUGUCUGUGCUAAACUGGCGACAUCGAACUGGUUUCUGUUAUGAACCAGUAGCAUGCUGUUCCUGUGUCUGGCACAUUUGAUUUCUACCAGUAUCCUGGAAAUAUCUGUGAUUUAUUCAUUAAGAAGAGUCUUUAAAUACGCACAUAGCAGUCUCUAAGCACAUUAUUUACACAGAAGCAAUCAAAUCUUAAUGCUUCACUGUGCCUAAUAAGAUGUUACAUUCAUUCUAUGUUUCUGUUAUCCUUUGUAUAAAUCACCACUUUGAAAACACGAAAUAAUUGAAGAAAUGCACUUCACGUAGGUUGAAUAACGGUUGUGUUCACCAACUUCUCAUUUAGGGCCACUUGCGAUUUGACAACAUUGGUAAGGUACCUUACCAUUAAAAGGUCCUA